AUGAGUGAGGGACAACCAGACAUUGGUGAGGGCCAAACAGACAUUGGUAAGGGGCAAACAGAUAGGAGUGAGCAGCAAACAGGCAUGGGUAAGGGGCGAACAGUUGUUUUUUACGCCACUAUAACUGCGUUUCAAUAUCCAUAGAGGAGGGUGUGAUUUACCAGCUGAGAGAAUCUCUCAUUAUUUUCCUUGGAUUAGUGUGUUCUGAAAGGGUUUAGCCUAGGAUAUGCCCAGUGGUAUUGACCUGGCUAUAGUUGCCCCCUUGGCACUCUUUGAUUUAAUGAUUAAUUUAGCCUGAUUUAAAUUGUUACUCUCACCCACAAACCGUUACCCUAAACGUUAUUUGAACACUAACUGUAACUUCACGUCAUGAAUGUCCAACUUUACAGUCAGCCCCUAAAUCUAUUAUAUUGACCCUAACCGUAACCUUUAUUUUCCUUAUUCCCAGUACUGUAACCCCAAUCCUCAGUGUGACCCUAAUUUACCUUACAGAAAAAAAAAAUAGUUACGGCGCACUCAGACUUAACUAAGAAGGCUACUAUAAAACACCCAUCUAAGAGAAUAAAUAUGGGCAUUUAGUUCCACCAUAUGGCCAUAUGAUGUUAAGCCCAUCACUGCUUCAAACUACCCCAAUGUUAGUGGGUCCUACGCUAAUUACAAAAUGUGGGAGACAAAUUAAAUGGUACUGGUGCUUACGGCACCCUGAUAAAUAAAGCCCAUUAAUAGACUGCAUUAAUAGAACAUAUUAAUAGACUGUAUUAGACUGCAUUAAUAGACUGUAUUAAUAGACUGUAUUAGAAUAUAUUAAUAGACUGCAUUCAUAGACUGUAUUAGAAUGUAUUAAUAGACUGUAUUAGAAAUUAGAAUGUAUUAAUAGACUGCAUUAAUAGACUGUAUUAGACUGCAUUAAUAGACUGUAUUAGAAUUUAUUAAUUGACUGUAUUAGAAUGUAUUAAUAGACUGCAUUAAUAGACUGUAUUAGAAUGUAUUAAUAGACUGUUUUAGACUGCAUUAAUAGACUGUAUUAAUAGACUGUAUUAGAACGUAUUAAAACGUAUUAAUAGACUGUAUUAGAACGUAUUAAUAGACUGUAUUAUAACGUAUUAGAACGUAUUAAUAGACUGCAUUAGAAUGUUUUAAUAGACUGUAUUAAUAGACUGUAUUAGAAAGUAUUAAAACGUAUUAAUAGACUGUAUUAAUAGAACGUAUUAAUAGACUGUAUUAGAAUAUAUUAAUAGACUGUAUUAAUAGACUGUAUUAGAACGUAUUAAAACGUAUUAAUAGACUGUAUUAGAACGUAUUAAAACGUAUUUAUAGACUGUAUUAGAACGUAUUAAUAGACUGUAUUAGACUGCAUUAAUAGACUGUAUUAGAACGUAUUAAUAGACUGUGUUAGAAUGUAUUAAUAGACUGUAUUAGAACGUAUUAAUAGACUGUAUUAGACUGCAUUAAUAGACUGUAUUAAUAGACUGUAUUAGAAAGUAUUAAAACGUAUUAAUAGACUGUAUUAGAAUGUAUUAAUAGAACGUAUUAGACUGCAUUAAUAGACUGUAUUAGACUGCAUUAAUAGACUGUAUUAGAAUGUAUUAGUAGAACGUAUUAGAAUGUAUUAAUAGACUGUAUUAAUAGACUGUAUUAGAACGUAUUAAAACGUAUUUAUAGACUGUAUUAGAACGUAUUAAUAGACUGUAUUAGAUUGCAUUAAUAGACUGUAUUAGAACGUAUUAAUAGACUGUAUUAGAAUGUAUUAAUAGACUGUAUUAGAACGUAUUAAUAGACUGUAUUAGACUGCAUUAAUAGACUGUAUUAAUAGACUGUAUUAGAAAGUAUUAAAAUGUAUUAAUAGAUUGUAUUAGAAUGUAUUAAUAGAACGUAUUAGACUGCAUUAAUAGACUGUAUUAGACUGCAUUAAUAGACUGUAUUAGAAUGUAUUAGUAGAACGUAUUAGAAUGUAUUAAUAGACUGUAUUAGAAUGUAUUAGUAGAACGUAUUAGAAUGUAUUAAUAGACUGUAUUAGAUUGCAUUAAUAGACUGUAUUAGAACGUAUUAAUAGACUGUAUUAGAAUGUAUUAAUAGACUGUAUUAGAACGUAUUAAUAGACUGUAUUAGACUGCAUUAAUAGACUGUAUUAAUAGACUGUAUUAGAAAGUAUUAAAACGUAUUAAUAGAUUGUAUUAGAAUGUAUUAAUAGAACGUAUUAGACUGCAUUAAUAGACUGUAUUAGACUGCAUUAAUAGACUGUAUUAGAAUGUAUUAGUAGAACGUAUUAGAAUGUAUUAAUAGACUGUAUUAGACUGUAUUAAUAGACUGUAUUAAUAGACUGUAUUAAUAGACUGUAUUAGAACAUAUUAGACUGUAUUAAUAGACUGUAUUAAAACGUAUUAAAACGUAUUAGACUGCAUUAAUAGACUGUAUUAAUAGACUGUAUUAGAACGUAUUAAUAGAACGUAUUAGAAUGUAUUAACAGAAUGUCUGCGGUGACAUUACAGAAUAUGAUAAACUGGGGCUGGCUAUGCUGAAUUCUGAUUGAUUGUUUCAUUACAAACCAGGAAAGUUGUUUAAACUCUGAUGUGCCCGAAUAACUCGUUUGAUUUUUAGGUUUAGACCGCAUCUCAUUCAGGCAGGACCCUCUUCACCUACUGUUCUUCUAUGUCAAACAUGCUUUGGCAGAAUGAAGGUUGGUCUUGGUUUAUCUACCGUACAGUACAGCGCUGAGGAAUAUGUUGGCGCUUUAUAAAUAGUUAUAACUGUUUAAAAAAGCCUUCGUCCUUAAACCAAUGCCCUUUGCUGAUCGCCAUGAUAAUGUAUGUUUAUGGAUACUACAUUUAAGUCCUAUUCUUAGCGCUCUGUAUCAUUUUGUAACAAUGUUUUGUUAAAAUCGUUUCUUAACUGCGUUUCCUUCUUGGCAUUACGCCAUGAUUGUGGAACGUGUGCUGAUGUUUGCAAUUAGCCCUCUCUCUCAACAGUAGCCUGAUCACAUUUUCUAAUGACACCUGGCUGGCCACCGUUGGUAUCAGCCUGCGAACAAGCACCAUCGCUUGCUAAGAUAUUUUGUUUGUUUUGGUAAAAGCCCGGUGCUGUGUUAUCUUUAUUUAUGGAGAAAUAAAGGCCUCGGUUUAGUAUUUUUGCAUAAGCUUUUCAAAUGAUUUUAUAUUUUGAAAGCGAUUUUAUUUUUUUGCAUUUUUAAAUAUUAAUAUAUUUUAUAUGUGAUAUAUUUUUUGUAUUCUAAUAUUUUGAGUUUAUCCAAAAAUAUGAAAACAUUUGAAAAGCUGAUCCAAAAAUGUGAAAUCGAAGCCAAUAUGUUUUAUUUUUUUAAUGAGUGGAGAAUUUUGGAGAUUUUCUUUGGCUGGUGACAUUGUUCCAUUGGCCGGUUCUUGCAGGGUUAACACAACACAGAGGCAAACUGCAAAUGUGAGGCAAUCACCCUACAUAUUAGAACAUUGCCCAAGAUUUGCUCUUGAUACAGAACCCCACCAGAUCUCUCUACACCAUGAGCUCCUCAUGCGCUUUUAUAUCUCCAAUAAGAUGCAAUGUUUCAACUCACAUUGUUGCACAAAAUGGAAGUUAUGUAGAAAAAGUGUAGAGCUCUAAAACAGGUGUUGCAAAGAUGUAAAACGUAUGGAGGAACCAAUGGAAUGUGUGAAUUGUACAUUGAGUUCCACUGGUUUCCAUGGUGACUGCAUAACUUUUAGCACUUAUGCUACUUUUCAGAGAAUGUCAAUGUUUCUAAAUAUCCCACAUUGUUUAUAAUUGCAGCUAUCGCCAUGCGCCACAAUGGUUUUCAGUAAUGGUACCUUUUUGUACCAUCCCCAGUUAUUGUAACCGUCACACUGGUGGAUUUAUUACACAGUGAAAUAUCAGUCACGAAGCAUUGUAUGAUAUGAUACAACAAAUUAAAUAAAUAAAAAGGGCAGAUUGAACCCUAUUGAGUCAGAUAUUGCAAACACACAAUAUCCUUUAAACAAUAGGAAUAAACAAAAAGGUUCUAUUGCACUAAAAAAAUAGAAGCUAUUUGGAAUAGUGAAAACAUCUGUUUAAAAAUGUACAGUUUUUUUGUGGGGUGUCAGCGAUUCGCCCCUUGUGUAGAACGAAUUCUGCAUUUUUCUUCUGCUUACCAAAUUUGUAUUUCUUAAUAAGUGAAUAUUGGUGAAUUUAAAAAAAAGCUAAAUUUAGGUCAAAUUAUUCAGGUUGGAGAAACAGCUAAAUUGGGGAUCAUUUUCCAUUGAAAACUUGCAAAUCGUGUUUCACUUUAAUUCACUGUUUAGUAAAUAUGCCAUGACUCACUUCUUAUAUGUCAUGAGAUAUGUGCUGGUUUGGUGAUGCAGGGAGAGCAUGGUACGUUUGGUUGAAUCGGGACACAUUAUUCCCAAGAAUCAAUGAAACAGGUUUUGUUAAUUUAUCCAGGAAAUGAAAACCUAAGCUCUAAGCCCGCUCCUCACAGAUGUCAAUCAGACGGACAGAAUAUGAUUUCCUGGGUGAUCACUAUACACUGACUGGUUCAGGUGCUAUACAAACUUACAACAGAAUAGGGUGACGCACUUUGAGACACCGUUCUGAUAUUCCAGGCACCUGAUUGGUGUAAGCUAUACAACUUCAAGAUCUUAAAUGGUGAGCACCAAUUAUUUUAUUGUUUCAUUAUGAUCUACGUUGUUUGUUAAAGAAAUAUCUAUGAGCAUUUCACCAUUAUUUCCUUCAAAUUUAGUAAAAAGAAAAAGAGUAUACUGGGACUAAUACUGGGACUAAUACUGGAACUAAUACUGGGACUAAUACUGGGACUAAUACUGGGACUAAUACUGGAACUAAUACUGGGACUAAUACUGGGACUAAUACUGGAACUAAUACUGGGACUAAUACUGGAACUAAUACUGGGACUAAUACUGGGACUAAUACUGGAACUAAUACUGGGACUAAUACUGGGACUAAUACUGGAACUAAUACUGGGACUAAUACUGGGACUAAUACUGGAACUAAUACUGGGACUAAUACUGGGACUAAUACUGGAACUAAUACUGGGACUAAUACUGGGACUAAUACUGGAACUAAUACUGGGACUAAUACUGGGACUAAUACUGGAACUAAUACUGGGACUAAUACUGGAACUAAUACUGGGACUAAUACUGGGACUAAUACUGGAACUAAUACUGGGACUAAUACUGGAACUAAUACUGGGACUAAUACUGGAACUAAUACUGGGACUAAUACUGGGACUAAUACUGGAACUAAUACUGGAACUAAUACUGGGACUAAUACUGGGACUAAUACUGGAACUAAUACUGGGACUAAUACUGGGACUAAUACUGGAACUAAUACUGGGACUAAUACUGGGACUAAUACUGGAACUAAUACUGGGACUAAUACUGGAACUAAUACUGGGACUAAUACUGGGACUAAUACUGGAACUAAUACUGGGACUAAUACUGGAACUAAUACUGGGACUAAUACUGGGACUAAUACUGGAACUAAUACUGGAACUAAUACUGGGACUAAUACUGGAACUAAUACUGGGACUAAUACUGGGACUAAUACUGCAACUAAUACUGGGACUAAUACUGGGACUAAUACUGGAACUAAUACUGGGACUAAUACUGGGACUAAUACUGGAACUAAUACUGGGACUAAUACUGGGACUAAUACUGGAACUAAUACUGGGACUAAUACUGGAACUAAUACUGGGACUAAUACUGGGACUAAUACUGGAACUAAUACUGGGACUAAUACUGGAACUAAUACUGGGACUAAUACUGGGACUAAUACUGGACUAAUACUGGGACUAAUACUGGAACUAAUACUGGGACUAAUACUGGGAACUAAUACUGGGACUAAUACUGGGACUAAUACUACUAAUACUGGGACUAAUACUGGGACUAAUACUGGAACUAAUACUGGGACUAAUACUGGAACUAAUACUGGGACUAAUACUGGGACUAAUACUGGGGACUAA